AUGGGCGUAACAGCAGCUGCAGAGCUCAGUGGAUGCUACAGAAGGUCGUUUUCUUCCUCUGAAGCUCCUCACAACGCUGGGGAGCUGACGAGCGGAGCGGAAGAAAGGAAAGAAGAAAAUGGAGGACUGCAGGGUAUAACCACUGACUUGUUUUGGAUAGACCGCAUGCAGCCCACCCGCUGCUCAGGCUGCGGGGCCCCGCUUCAAACCCAAGAAGAAUCUGCCGUGGGCUUCGUGCCUAAGCACAAGUACGAAGAGUAUUCAGGGGGCAGAGUGAAGCGGCUGCCGAGGCCGCGAGGCCAAGUUGUGGAGUCGGUCCCUGACGGGGUGGAAGUGAUGCAGCUUAACGCGGGUCCGGGGAGAAAAGAAGUGGACUUGGUUGCCGUGGGACUGGGGUUGCUGUGUUUGAAAGCUGCGGAUACACCCCAGCUAUCUGCGGUGUAUGCGCAGCAAACAUCUCCCAAGUUCCGCCACUACCGCAGCAUCGACAGUUCUUGGGAGCGUACGGCAGUUGCUGCUGCUGGGUGUUUGCCUGCGUUGUCAGCCUCUUCGGUGAUAACACAGCUUACACGAGUGAUGCCAAACAACUCCAUUGUAUUGAAAAUAGUUGAUAUCUGCGACUUAGAGCUUUCUGUGGUUCCCGAGCUCUUCGCUGCAUGCAGAGAAAAAGGCCUCAAGGCAAUCUGGGUCGUUAACCGCGUCGAUUGCCUUCCGAAACACACAGAUUUAAAUCAAGUCAAACAGUGGGUCCGGCGAAUGGUGCGGCAGAUCCGCAAUGUUCACAUCGAUGAUUGUGUGCUCGUCUCGUCUGCAACAGGCUACGGCUUCGACAACCUCGAGCGCCGCAUCGGCGAGCUCUUAACAGAGGACUCUUAUGGAGAGGGAAAUAUAAAAGCAGAGACAGCAGCAAACACAAACGCAGAAGGAAACAAACAAAACCAGGAUACACAGGAGACAGAAGGGAGAUUCAUGUUUGUUGUGGGGCGGGUCAACGCUGGAAAAUCUACUUUUGUAAACCGCUUCCUCAAAUUCGUCGGCUAUAAGCAUUUCGGUACUCUGUUUAUGAAACGCGCUAUGGCCAGUGUGUUGCAACACGGAGGCGAUCUGCUGUCAGUGGUGCCGACGAAACGUCUUCAGCCGCUAACAUUUGCCUUGACGGAGGGAAAAAGCAUUUUAAUUGGAGCAUUGGCUCGCGUAGACCUUGUACAGGGAAACACGGCGCUGUGCACCUGCUAUUUCAGCCACAAAGUGACCCUGCAUAUAUGCAGGACGAGCAAAGCCGCCGAUAUGUUGCAUCGCAAGGCCGGCGUCUUUCUUUACCCUCCCCAUCUACCCGAGGGUUUCCACAGUCUGCAGCCCCUAGUGCGCCACAGAGCGCGGGGCCCUCGUAUUAGUGCACAGAAGAGGGCUCUGGCGGAACAAAUCAGGGAAGAGGAAAUGCGACAGCAGCAACAGCAGCAGGAACAGCAGCAGACUGAAGAUGCAAAUACUGACACCGAGACGGAGAGUCGGUGGGAUAUGGCAAAUACAAAAGUAGGACCUCUUGUAGAUCCUGAAAAGCAAGAAGAAUUUCAACUUAUGGUUUCUCAGUGGUUAGAAGAGGGCAAGCAUCGAGAGCAGCAGCAGCAGCAGGAGCAGCAGCAGCAGCAACAACAGUAA